AUGCCUUUCAAUACAGAUGCCCCACAUGGACUCUCAGGAUUACAGUGCUAUGUUCAUCACGGAGAACAGCAAACUCCAACCAAGAACGCCCAUACCUCGACGAGACCCCACUCAAAGGACAAGGCGCAGACUGGAUCAAUGCCAUCUGAUAUGCCCAGUACCUUUGCGUUCCUCUUCAACAAGGACAAAUUGGCGGCCUCAACAACGCGGCGCAACAAUCUUAGAACACUGACGGAAAUCUCCACUCCAGAAAACCCAGGGCUAAAGGACAAAUUGUUCAAAAGCCUCAUUGAGUUCACGGAGAAGGUGUUCGACCCCCGCUCGGAGAAGACCAUCAAGGUCCUUAAGCUGUGUGAAGAACGUUGGAUUACGUUCAACUCAGCUGCCUGGCAAGACAAGAGCAUACGGGAAAAGGAGGACGACGUCGUGACGCAUGUGUAUUUCGAGUCACCCUGGCGCUCGGAUGUGGUGACAGCCAUCGGCCUCCUUUUCUUGCCUUUUUUAGCCCAUCGGAUCCAAGGGCGUAACGGAAAGCCAGGGUCCAUGACGGUGCUGGGGUGGUAUCACUGCUUUGCGGUGAACAUCCUCCGCAACGCAGUGGACCCUACCACCAAUACCCGUAACGGAAUCCGCACACUCACAACGGGCGGGUUCAAUCACAGCCUGAAGGCCACCGUUCUUUAUGUAACCCUCGAGUUGAACCUCGAACGGCAUAGAGUAACACACAAGCCGUACUGGGGGACGAACAAGGUACUCCUCAUUCUUCGCUCUAGUAUUUUGCUAAGUGGCGGCAAUGGCAAAAUGCGGGAGACAACCAUUCAAGGCAUGAUACGGGCCUUAUUCACGUAUUAUGGCACUCUGCGACCUUCAUCCCUUAGUUAUACUGAGAAGACGCUGGAGAAGUACGGAAUGUUCAUCAAGGUUGGCGAUGUCGACCUUCUCAAAUCCGACUUCGGUACUUUCAGCCUGGCCAGGAUUAAAAAUUACAAGGGUACUAUCAAAACGAUAGCAGGAGUAAUGCGGGAAUACUGCAUCGAUGCUGUCCUGAAUCAGGACAACAUCCUCCUCGACCUGCCAAUGAUGGUCGCCCUUCAGUUUUUUAUGAGAGACCUUUUUGAAACCCCUUUCAAGAGCAUUUAUGAAUUGUGCUCCGCCAAGGAUUACCACUUCAAGACCGUGGCAUCAAGAAAGGAUGAGCCAUUGUUCCUGGCCUGCCUUCCUGGGGGAAAAGGAUUCCAAAGCCCCCCACAGGCAGCUAGCUCCCCGUGGGUUUCGUCACAUGCUGUGAAGGCUGGUCUCUCGCGGGCAAGCUGUGGUGCCAUUAGAAGGGACGGUGCUAAUAAAUAUCACAAAGCCGUGGGUGCAGGCAAGACCCAAUCUAUCUUGAGCCACAACAACAAAAACGAAGAAGUUUUGGACCAGUUCUAUAUCACGACAACGAGGAAUCUCAACCUGGUGGCCAUCCGGAACAACGACAUUGACAGGAACGGCAACCCUAUCCUGCCUCACCAGCAAGAGGACGUGUUGCUGAUUGGGGAGCAUAUCAACCUUCUCAGACCAGCGCAAGACUCUGGUGGAGGUUGA